UUUCCAGGUGGGAAAACUGCAUCCCAGAGGCAUCCAGUGACAUGGCCAAGGCCACACGUUGUAGACACCUGGGCUGGGACGCAGGACAGAAACAUGGCCAGCCUGAAGAUGCCGCUCCUGGCUGCCCUUGUCCUCCUUGCUGUGGCUCUUCAAGCAAUCAAGGCAGGCCCCUAUGGCGCCAACGUGGAGGACAGCGUCUGCUGCCGAGACUACAUCCGGCACCCCCUGCCCCUGAGAGUGGUGAAAUAUUUCUACUGGACUUCAGACUCCUGCCGGAGGCCUGGCGUGGUCUUGCUAACCGUCAGGGACCGGGAGAUCUGUGCUGACCCCAGACUGCCCUGGGUGAAGAAGAUUCUCCAGAAGCUGGACCAAUGAGGAAGGGUCCUGCCCUAAGGAGUGUGGCCUCAGCUCCUCCAGGAAGGCUCGUGGGGCCCGACCUCCCUGCCAUUACAGCUGCUCCCCAGCACAAGCCUGUGCCAACGACUCACUCUGCCGUCCCUGACCUCCGACCCUGUAGCUAUCACCCUCGGUCAAGCCCCAGACUAUCGUUCUCAUCUUCCCUUUUGCCCC